CUUACGUUUAAUCCGAACACAUCUACACAGUAUCACUCCUUGAUCGUUACGCCGUUGUGAUCCCGACAAUGACAGUAUGAGCGAGUCCCAGAACCUUCUUCAAGAGCACGCGGAUUCGGAUUCUGACCUUGAGCCUGAAAUCGACCGAUCGCGACAACUUUCCCCUGGCUAUUCUUCACGAUCCUCGUCCCGACCAUCUUCCACAUCCCCCGUACCUGGCACAGGCAGACCGAAUGGCGGGCCAAAACGACAGUCGAGCUUCGCGCAACCGCGCGCAGACGGCGCUCCUCGCACUCCGAAUCGAGUGCGAUUCCAGGAACAACCUGCGCGGACAAGUAUGAACGGAGACGCCCACGACGGAGAUUGGAGCGAGCUCGAAACCGAUGAUUAUCUUUCCGCGAACGGAGUGGAAGAAGGAAGAGAGAGAACCCAAAGGCUUCCUCUUCUAACAGGCAUAGAAGCGCCUAGCGUCACAGUCGCUACGGAAGAGUUCGACCCCGCGGAUCAUCUGGAAAGCGCAAGACCAAGAAGCGGCAUGCGGAGCUCGUUCAUGAAUAUGGCAAACAGUAUAGUGGGCGCUGGCAUCAUCGGACAACCGUACGCUUUCAGAAAUGCCGGACUUGUAACUGGCACACUGCUGUUAGUUGGGCUCACGAUUACGGUGGAUUGGACAAUUCGAUUGAUUGUCAUCAACUCCAAAUUGAGCGGCACCGACUCUUUCCAGUCCACUGUUGAGCACUGCUUCGGAAAAUCCGGGCUAGUCGCUAUCUCUCUGGCGCAAUGGCUAUUUGCUUUCGGCGGCAUGGUGGCCUUUUGCGUCAUCGUCGGCGAUACCAUUCCGCGGGUCCUCGAUGCUCUAUUCCCCUCGCUCUCCGAUACGUCGUUCCUAUGGCUCUUCACGAAUCGUCGAGCCAUGAUCAUACUAUUUGUUCUUGGUGUUUCAUACCCGCUAUCGUUGUAUCGAGACAUCUCGAAGCUUGCGAAAGCCAGUGGCCUUGCUCUUGUGAGCAUGGCAAUCAUCAUUGUGACUGUUGUUACGCAAGGGUUCCGUGUGCCUGCAGAAUCGCGAGGCGAAUUGCGCGGUGGCAUCCUGAUCCAUUCGGGCAUCUUUGAAGCAAUUGGCGUGAUCUCUUUUGCCUUUGUGUGCCAUCACAACUCACUUCUCAUAUAUGGGUCCUUGCGAAAGCCCACCAUCGAUCGCUUCGCUCGUGUCACACAUUAUUCUACCGGCAUAUCUUUGAUUGCCUGCCUUGUCAUGGCCUUUUCUGGUUAUCUCACUUUCGGCUCAAAAACAGCCGGCAACGUGCUGAACAACUUCCCACGCGACAACAUCAUGGUCAACAUUGCACGACUCUUCUUUGGUCUCAAUAUGUUGACCACCCUGCCACUUGAGGCCUUCGUCUGCCGAGAAGUUAUGAACAACUACUGGUUCCCCGAUGAACCGUAUCAUCCGAACCGGCAUAUCAUCUUUACGACCUCUCUUGUCGUUUCUGCCAUGACUCUUUCCCUUAUGACGUGCGAUCUUGGCGUUGUGUUUGAAUUGUUUGGUGCUACAUCUGCUUGUGCAUUGGCCUACAUUUUACCUCCGCUCUGCUACAUUAAGCUUGCAAAGCGGAGCUCGAAGACCUACCUUGCCAUGGCAGUUGUUGCCUUUGGCUGCGCAGUCAUGGCGAUAUCGCUCGUCAAAACGAUGGGCAAGAUGACGAGCCAGGACCCAGAAGACCAGGGAAAAUGUGAAUGAGGUUGUACAGUACAUGCAUAGCUCGGCGCUGUUGUUUUGGCAUUAGGUGCGCUCGUUCAGCGCUUUAGCAUUGGGAACGAUUUGGCGUUGAAUACAUUGACGACCGCGCUGCAAAGCGCAAUGCAUAUCUAUCUACCUAGACAUCUGUAAUAUAUGUUUACCUUUAGCAAGACUAGUCCGCAGUAUCAUCCAUCGAAAUCGUGGCAGCAUGGCCAGGUUUCCCUCUUUGGGGUGUGACUUUGAGGAAUCUGGGCGCGGAUAAGACGGCUGCUUCGACCAGGACGUUGGAACAAGCUCCGCUAGUGAUCACUU